CCCCUGGAGGAGCUGGAGGAGGUGUCUGGAGAGAGGGACUUCUGGGCGUCUCUGCUGAGUCUGCUGCCCCCGCGACCCGGUCCUGGAUAAGCGGAAGACGACGAACGAACGAAUGAACUUUUGCUUGAUAUCCUCUACAAACCGCAACUGUAACUUUUAAACUAUAAGCAGAUUAGCAACGAACCACAAGCAACAGCAGUAAGACUAACUUAAAACUACUUCCGGUGUUUCGCCGGAAGUUCUACCCAUAAUCGCAACUACAUAGGCCCUCCCAAGAAUAAGGUGGAUAACUUUGUGCUUUUAGGACCAGUUUUAUUAAGGCAUGAUAUUCGCUUUUCACCACAGCGGUUUAUAGCCGUAAUGUUUUCCGGUCGAGAACCAUGGCCUUGGACUUGGAGGAGCUGAUCUUCAUCCCAGCCGCUUCACACUCGGCUGCGAACUGCCCCAGUCCAUGCUGUAGGUCUUGGUUAGAGGGGGCCUGCAUAACCACGUCAUCAGCAAAACGAAGAGAUGAAAUUCACUGGUCCCCAAACCAGACCCCCUCCGGCCCUUGGCUGCGUCUAGAAAUCCUGUCCAUAAAAGUUAUGAACAGGACCGGUGACAAAGGGCGGCCCUGCCGGAGUCCAACAUGCACCGGGAAAAUGUCAGACUUGGUGCCGGCAAUGCGAACCAAACUCCUGCUCUGGUUGUACAGAUAAAGGACCCCCCAACUCCGCACUCCUGGAGCAGCCCCUAUAGGGCACCACCAGCUGCUCUGUUCUGCAUAUUUCUGCCAUUUUUUUAAGGGGAAAUAUUUCUGUGAGAGCCAAGAGCAGCGCAUUCUACACAGAUUUUGCGGCGUUAUAUGUAUACUUUUGGAACGGCGUCGAUGAAUGUGUGCUACAAGCAAGAGACGGCGUUCUCUCCCAGAACGUGUUGUUAAGCAACACCCAGCUGAACAGAUGUUAAGCAGAUGGUUAAAGAAGAAGCUCCUGUAAACCACAGACCUUGUGCUGACCUACAUGACCCAAAGCCCCACCACAUAAAGGAGGAACAGAAGGGAGUCUGCAUCAGUCUGGGAGGAGAGCGGUUCAAUGGGAAGGAGGAGAUUAAUGCCCCCGGGUUUGCGGUCACUGUUAGUCCCAUAAAGAGUGUGGAUAAUAAACUAUCCCCUCUGCUCUCACAGCUUUAUCAAGACCAGAUUAAAGCAAGAGAGCUUCCAGAAGACAUCAGUGGAGGAAAAGAAUCCGUCAGGAUACAAGAUCAUGGAGAUGGUUCCAUUUCCUUACAGACUGAGAAGGAUGAAGAGGAUGAUGAUGUAAAGCACACCGUCUCUGAGCUGAAACACUUGUCAGACUCUGGACUGAAAACUAAGGACAUGAACAAUGACUGGAAGGAGAGCAGAGCACAUAGAUUUUUGACAGAGAAGAGAAAUGUGGAACGACCAAGAGAAGUCCAGACAGGAGUAAAGUUUAGCUGUGAAGACUGUGGUAAAACACUUAUUGGAAAACGCACUUUAAACAUGCAUAAAAGAAUCCACACAGGACAGAAACCUUUCUGUUGUGAUCUAUGUGGACAACUAUUUAGCUGUAAAUCAUCUUUAAACAGACACAUGAGAAUCCACACUGGAGAGAAACCUUUCUGUUGUGAUCUAUGUGGACAACGAUUUAGUUGUAAAUCAUCUUUAAACACACACAUGAGAAUCCACACUGGAGAGAAACCUUUCAGUUGUGAUCUAUGUGGACAAAGAUUUAACCAAAAAGCACAUUUAAACACACACAUGAGAAUCCACACAGGACAGAAACCUUUCAGUUGUGAUCUAUGUGGACAACUAUUUAGUUGUAAAUCAUCUUUAAACAGACACAUGAGAAUCCACACAGGACAGGAACCUUUCUGUUGUGAUAUGUGUGGACAGAGAUUUAGCCGAAAAACACAUUUAAACAAUCACAUGAGAAUUCACACUGGAGAGAAGCCUUUUUGUUGUGAUCUAUGUGGACAAAGAUUUAGUUGUAAAUCAUCUUUAAACACACACAUGAGAAUCCACACUGGAGAGAAACCUUUCAGUUGUGAUCUAUGUGGACAAAGAUUUAGCCGAAAAACACAUUUAAAUGAUCACAUGAGAAUCCACACUAGAGAGAAGCCUUUUUGUUGUGAUCUAUGUGGACAAAGAUUUAACUAUAAAUCAUAUUUAAAUAGACAUAUGAGAAUCCACACUGGACAGAAACCUUUCAGUUGUGAUCUAUGUGGACAAAGAUUUAACCAAAAAGCACCUUUAAACAGACAUAGGAGAAUCCACACUGGACAGAAGCCUUUCUGUUGUGAUGUGUGUGGAGAGAGAUUUACCCAAAAAGCAAGUUUAAACACACACAUGAGAAUCCACAUUGGACAGAAACCUUUCUGUUGUGAUCUAUGUGGACAGAGAUUUAACCAAAAAGCACAUUUAAACAGACACGUGAGAAUUCACACUGGACAGAAACCUUUCUGUUGUGAUGUGUGUGGACAAAGAUUUAGCCAAAAAGAAAAUUUAAACACACACAUGAGAAUCCACACUGGACAGAAACCUUUCUGUUGUGAUGUGUGUGGACAGAGAUUUACCCAUAAAGCAAGUUUAAACAGACACAUGAGAAUCCACACUGAAAGGAAAAUGGCUAAGCUCUGAAUAUUCACUCAAACUGGAGAGCUGCUGUCGGGUGUUUCUCUGCGAUGUCAUUAAAGGCAACAGUCUUCAAUUAGUUUUACCUUUUUUUCUAGUGGUUAUUUUUUGUUAUUUAUUUUACUCUUAAAACAUUUUAAUUUACAGAUUUGAUGUUUUUGUUUUUUAAGCUCUCUUUACUGUAGAUGGAUGAAGUGAGGAAAACCAUAGCUCCCCCAUACUAUAGGGAAAUUUACUGGCAAAAAUCAAGAGCACAUAUUUUCAAUUUGAGAGCAGGAUUUCAUUCUGCUUGCACUCGAAACUUCUGCUUUCUUUCAAAUAUACUCUGUUCUCUCUCAAAUCUUUGUUUCUGCAGUCUGAUUUAAUGCUUCUUGCAUAGAUAAUUUUUCCUCCUGCUUGCUUCAUCCUCCAUGCGCACAAACUUGCUCUCUGCUCGAAUCAAUACUGCGAUCUGAAGUUUCUAACCUGCUCGCAAAUUCUUUUUGCUCUCUCUGAGAUUAAAGUCUUAUCUCCUAGCAACAAUAUCAGCCAAUAGAAUGACAGUGUGCAACUGCUAGGUCACAGGCUUAGUUGGGUAUCCGCUUGUUUCCUUCUACUGACUGCCUGUGUUGCUACAAUUGAUGAUUGAGAACAUAUUGCAUUUGGCUCAGAAACUGCUCCAGAAUUUGAUGCCUCAGCAGAGUCUGUAACAAUGGUAGAAAGUAGAACAUUAUAGUUAUUUUAUUGUAAAUUAUGGAAGGUGAAGAAUAAGCAUUUAUUUAUAAAAUGUAUGAUUCAGAUAUCAUAGCUACCCCAAUAAGUAAAAAGAAACUGUUUAAUUUAACCCAACAAGGACCAAACCCUUAAAAUGUAAGGUUAGCUUCAUCACCGUUUUACUGAAAAUAUUGUUAUACAGUGAUUUUGUAAGUCAUUAACUUCAUCUUUGAUGUACUAGAUGAAUUAGCAAAUUUACAAAGCAAUUUUUAAAUUUGUCUUCCACUGAAAAGAUGUUUGCUUGUCAUAUUUUAAUGUUUAUGUUAAUAGAAACAGACAUACAUAUUAAACUAUUGAAUGUUUAAAAUCAUUACAGGAUAGUUUGAAUUAUCCAUUGUCGUUAUACUUUGCUGAGUUGAGUUAUCCAUUGAAGUUGAUUGACCUAUUUCACAAAAUUGCGAUGUGCACCAAAUACAUAGAAACACUUACUCCCAGAUUUUGCUCCGUAUGACCUGUCAGGGAAGUAGCAACACAGGUACGCUCAGUAGAAGGAAACGAGCGCACCCCAACUAAGCCUGUGACCUAGCAGUUGCACACUGUCAUUCUAUUGGCUGGUAUUGUUGCUAGGAGAUAAGACUCUAAUCUCAGAGAGAGCAAAAAGAAUUUGCAAGCAGGUUAGAAACUUCAGAUUGCAGUUUUGAUUCGAGCAGGAGGAAAAACUAUCUAUGCAAGAAGCAUUAAAUCAGAGUGCAGAAACAAAGAUUUGAGAGAGAACAGAGUAUAUUCGAAAGAAAGCAGAAGUUUUGAGUGCAAGCAGAAUGAAAUCCUGCUCUCAAAUUGAAUUUAUGUGCUCUUGAUUUUUGCCAGUAAGUUUUCCCCAUAGAUAAUCCUUUUUUUCAAUGGAUGAAAAAGGCUUAAACUAAGUCUUAAAUGGGCUUUCCAAAUUCCUGAUUCCCGGUCCUUUAGGGACUUAAUCACUUUAUGUAUAUUACAUAUACUUGUACGUACGUAUAUUCGUAUUGAUACUCGUAAGAGGGAUGUGUCGAAGCAUUUUACUUCAUUCUGUUCUUGACAUAAGAGAAUAAGUUCCUGCCCAAAGAUUAAGUUUUGUUUUGUCCAGCACUGCAAGUAAGCUGUCCAAGAAUGACUCGGACAUGGCAGACAUGGGAAGAUUAAUAAAGUUAUUGUAAAACGGUCACGUAGGCUGGUUCUGAUCUCCUACAGAUGUGAUAUUACAUUAUUUCAGGAAUCUGCUGAGAAUCUGUUGUUAUGGUUGCCAGUGGAUUUGUGCAUUAAGCUUCUAAAAUAGACAAGAGCUCAACCCUGUUAAAAAUUUAUGAACAGUGCUCAAAGCUAUGGUAUACAAAAACUACUAGAAAAGAAACUACAACCUUCUAAAUAUUAGGUGUGGUUUGUAAAUACGCUUCAGUCUGUAUGUAUAGUUCUGAACCUAUGUGGAUAAGAGAAAAAUUUCAAUCAAUUCACACUUGAUUAAAAAACAAACGUAAAAUAAACCAGCAAAGUUGGUGUCCUGGCAAAAAAAAACUAACUAAUAAAGCAUUAAAAACCCCAAA